AUGAGAUUUGAAUUUAAAGACGAACACUCUUUUGCUGAAGCUACAAAGAUUUGCCAAAGAUUUAACAAUCGUAUUCCAAUCAUCUGUGAAAGGGCUGAGAAAUCCAACUUACCAGAAAUUGACAAGAAGAAGUAUCUUGUUCCAUAUGAUUUAACAAUUGGUCAAUUUGUUUAUGUUAUUAGAAAAAGAAUUCAUUUACCACCUGAAAAGGCCAUUUUCAUCUUUGUUAAUGAUAUAUUACCACCAACUGCAGCUUCAAUGAGUUCAAUUUAUGAAGAACAUAAAGAUAAAGAUGGAUUUUUGUAUGUCUUGUAUUCAAGUGAAAACACAUUCGGUGAUAUUGGUGACUUACCAGGAGUUAUUGAACUUGAUGAAUAA